UUUACAACAGAAGGCACAAUAGAAAUGGAACGGGCAUCGAUGGAGAUGGAGAAGGAGAAGCAGGAACAGAAUGAAGAACAUCACAUUGAUAAGAAACAGAAGACGGAGAAUCAACAGAAGAUAGAGAAUCAACAGGAUGAGGUUAUUAAAGCUCGUCGGCCUUUGAAACUGUCUCGCAAAAACACUCUGCAUCCCAAAGAGAGCAUCCAUGACCUCCUCAGAUUCGGAUGCAGCGAAAACGAUCUCUGGUUGAAUGCUCCAGCUUGCAUUCGCUCCCCACCUUAUGCGACCUUGUAUGGCAUUGAAGAAAGUAGAAACUUGCUCCGGGAGGACCGCAGAAAACUAAAAAAAUCCCUGGCAUCACCUUUAAGUUGGUAGUCCUCUUUGAUUAUUCCUAUCGGCUAUCUCGUGAUCUAACUAUCUAUUAGGACUGAAGUUAAUCGUAGUUAUGAAGCUUUUGUUUAACACUAUCAAUUAGACUGAAGUUAAUCGUAGUUCUGAAGCUUUUGCUUAACAUAUUAUGUUAUGAUCGAUUUGUUUAUUUCCAUGUAUUAAGUAACUAUUUGGGAUCUAUAUGCUAUGGCUAUCUACCUUUUUUCAUAUGUGUU